UCCCAUUUUUUCCUCUUCCUCCUCCGAGGAGCUGGGACUGGCUGGGCGGGAGCGGAAGCCCAAGAACCCAAGAGUCCGGGGGUCUCCGGCCCAUGGCGGGAGUCUAAGGACCGGUCGGGAGCGGAGCGCACCUCCUCGAACGCAAGUUCUCCAGCGACUAUGGGUCCUUCCCCAUGGACAUGCCUGAUCUUGGGGUAUCUGCUGUCAGGGCUACGACGCGGGGCCUGCCAGCCCCCGUUUCCCACCAUCGUGCCGGACGAGGAGGAGCUGGUGGUGUCCCUGCACAUGUCCUUCUCCCUGCGGUGCACCGGGGACAGCGAGGUCAGCUGGCAGUUCCCCACGCUGGACGAUGGGAGCCCCGGCGUGUCCGUCCGCAGUGAGGAGAACAACAGCGGCUCCUUCGUGGCCGUGCUGGAGGUGGCCAACGCCUCGGCCGUGCACACCGGCCUCUACACCUGCUAUUACAACCACACGCAGACCCAGGAGGCCGAGGCCGAAGGCCGGGAUGUCUACGUCUACGUGCCUGACCCCGACGUCGCCUUCGUGCCCUCGGUCAUGGUCGACCACUUCAUCGUCGUGGAGGAAGACGAUUCCACCGUGAUCCCCUGUCGCUCCACCGACCCGCAGGCGCGGGUGACCCUGCACGCCAGCGACGGCAAGGAGGUCUCUGCCUUCUACGACAGCCGCCAAGGUUUCCUGGGUCACUUCGACAUGGGGUCCUACACGUGCGAGACGACCAUCCGCGGCAGGAAGUUCCAGACCCUCGAGUUCAACGUCUACACCUUGCGAGCCACCCCGGAGAUCGUCGUGGAGAUGGAGGCCCCGAAGACGGUGUACAAGACGGGCGAGACCAUCGUGGUCACCUGCGCCGUCCUGGACAACGAGGUGGUCGAUUUCCAGUGGAACUACCCGGGGAAGGUGAGGGACAAGGGCAUCAUCAAGCUGGACGAGAUUAAGGUCCCGUCCAUCAAGCUGGUGUACACCCUGACGGUGCCCGAGGCCACGGCCAAGGACGGCGGCGAUUACGAGUGUGCUGCCCGCCACGCCACCAAGGAGGCGAAGCAGAUAAAGAAGGUCACCAUCACCGUCCACGAGAGAGGCUUCGUCCGGCUCCAGCCCGGCUUCGGCCCCGUGGAGGCCGUGAACCUGCACGAGGUCCGGCAUUUUGGCGUGGAGCUGGAGGCCUACCCCCCGCCCAGGGUGUCCUGGCUGAAGAACGACGUGUCGCUCACCGAGAACCUGACCGAGAUCACCACCAGCCUGGAGAAGAUCCAGGAGAUCAGGUAUCAGAGCAAGCUGAAGCUAAUCCGAGCAAAGGAGGAAGACAGUGGGCACUACACAAUCGUGGUGCAAAACGAGGAUGAUAUUAUGAACUACACCUUUGAGCUGCUGGUUCAAGUGCCGGCCUCCAUCUUGGAUCUGGUGGACGACCACCAUGGCUCGGCGGGGGGCCAGACCGUCCGCUGUGUCGCCGAAGGGACGCCGCUGCCCGACGUCGACUGGAUGGUUUGCAGGGACAUUAAAAAAUGCAACAACGAGACCUCGUGGACCCUCCUCACCGCCAACGCGUCCGACAUCGCCGUGGAGGCCCACGUGGGUGACAGGGACACGAUGGAGAGUCAGGUGACCUUCCAGCAGGUGGAGGAGACGCUGGCGGUGCGCUGCUUGGCCAAGAACCACCUUGGGGCCGUGACGCGGGAGCUGAAGCUGGUGGCCCCUGCCCUGCGCUCUGAGUUGACCGUGGCUGCUGCCGUCCUGGUGCUCCUGGUGAUCGUCAUCGUCUCCCUCAUCGUGCUGGUCAUCAUCUGGAAACAGAAGCCGCGCUAUGAGAUCCGAUGGCGGGUCAUCGAGUCCAUCAGCCCGGACGGCCACGAGUAUAUCUACGUGGACCCGAUGCAGCUCCCCUACGACUCGCGCUGGGAGUUUCCGAGGGACGGGCUGGUGCUGGGCCGAAUCCUUGGGUCCGGAGCAUUUGGGAAGGUGGUGGAAGGCACUGCAUACGGGCUGAGCCGCUCCCAGCCCGUGAUGAAGGUGGCCGUGAAAAUGUUAAAACCCACGGCUCGAUCCAGCGAGAAGCAGGCCCUCAUGUCGGAGCUGAAGAUCAUGACGCAUCUGGGCCCCCAUCUGAACAUCGUGAACCUCCUGGGGGCCUGCACCAAAUCAGGACCCAUCUACAUCAUCACCGAGUACUGCUUCUACGGCGACCUGGUCAACUACCUGCACAAGAACCGCGAUAACUUCCUGACUCGCCACCCGGAGAAGACGAAGAAAGAGCUGGACAUCUUCGGCAUGAGCCCUGCCGACGAGAGCACCAGGAGCUACGUCAUCCUCUCAUUUGAAAACAACGGGGACUACAUGGACAUGAAGCAGGCGGACGCCACGCAGUACGUGUCCAUGUUGGAGAGGAAGGAGUCGUCCAAGUACUCGGACAUCCAGCGAUCCCUGUACAACCGGCCGGCCUCCUACAAGAAGAAGUCCGUGUCGGACUCUGAAGUCACGGACCUCCUGUCGGACGAUGGUUCGGAAGGCCUUGGCCUGCUGGACCUGCUGAGCUUUACCUACCAGGUGUCUCGCGGGAUGGAGUUCCUAGCUUCGAAAAACUGCGUCCACCGGGAUCUGGCUGCGCGGAACGUCCUGCUGGCCCAAGGGAAGAUCGUGAAGAUCUGCGACUUCGGGCUGGCGAGGGACAUCAUGCACGACUCCAACUACGUGUCCAAGGGCAGCACGUUCCUGCCCGUGAAAUGGAUGGCCCCGGAGAGCAUCUUCGACAACCUGUACACCACGCUGAGUGAUGUCUGGUCUUACGGGAUCCUGCUGUGGGAGAUCUUCUCUCUCGGGGGUACGCCCUACCCGGGCAUGAUGGUCGACUCCACCUUCUACAACAAGAUCAAGAGCGGCUACCGCAUGGCCAAGCCGGACCACGCCACCAGCGAGGUGUACGAGAUCAUGGUCAAGUGCUGGAACAGCGAACCCGAGAAGAGACCGUCCUUCUACCACCUGAGCGAGAUCGUGGAGAGCCUGCUGCCCGGCCACUACAAGAAGAGCUACGAGAAAAUCCACCGGGACUUCCUGAAGAGCGACCACCCGGCCGUGGCCCGGAUGAGAGUUGAGAGCGACGAGCCGUACGUGGGGGUCACCUACAAGAACGAGGAGAAGCUCAAGGAGUGGGAGAGCGGCUUGGACGAGCAGAGGCUCAGCGCCGACAGCGGCUACAUCAUCCCUCUGCCGGACCUCGAACCCGGCCUGGAGGACGAACUCGGCAAGAGGAACCGGCACAGCUCCCAGACGUCCGAGGAGAGCGCCAUCGAGACGGGCUCCAGCAGCUCGACCUUCGUCAAGAGGGAGGACGAGACCAUCGAGGACAUCGACCUGAUGGAUGACGACAUCGGCAUCGACUCGUCGGACCUGGUGGAGGACAGCUUCCUGUAGUCCCCCACCCUCCACCGCCCCCCGGUCCCGGGACGCAUCCACGUCCCCCCCCAACCCGCCGCCCCUCCCCGCCUUGCCGAAAACCACUUUAUUGCAACGCAGAAGCCCCCGAGGAGCCUCCGGCCUGAGGUGGGUGGCCCCGACGGGGCCCCCGGAACUGGGCACGCCGGGCCCAAGUGGACCUUUCCGGUGUGCGCUUCUCGGCUGGGGGAAGGGGGAGCAUCUCAGCGGCAUCUGUGGCUGCCCGGAAACGCCCCACCCUUGGCCCACGGCCUCCCCGACCCUUCGCUGCAGACGCCGCCCCCCCCCCCACUGCCCCCUGUAAUUAUGUAAAUAGCCGUCCGCCCCAAGAUGCCGUCCGCUGCUCUGCCCGCCCUGGACCGGAGAAGGGACCGCUCCGGACGCCUGUGGAAUCUUCCCCCUCCAGACCCGGGCUCAGCUCAAGAGCCAAAACCACUUGUGACGUUCCCGGGCACCAGGACGAUAGCAUCCUCCUUUCUUAACAUUCACGGGAUGCGGAAGGCCAACGGCGGCGACGGACGGGAGCCCUCCCCGAAUAGAUUCCCACUAGCGACGAGCCUAGGAAGUCUGUCCGUGUACUAACGGUGUGUAUAAUAUUACUACCACUACUGUCUUCGAUAGUUCUAGACGUGGAGCCUGUGACACGUUGUCCUCCAGCUAAAGCACAAUCCCACACGGGGACUCGGGAGGGGCCGGGUCUUUACGAUUCGAAGCGUCGAACCGGAGGUCUCUCUGAGGGUCCCGUAAUGUCGCAGCCGCGGCUGAGUCGAGAGCGGAGCGGAGCGCACGGCACGACGUCGCGCCUUCCGGAGAGUCCGAGGAGGAAGUCCUCCCGCCGGGAGCCCAAAGCAGGGAGGCCGGAGGGGCUGCGCCUUGCAGGCGCCCCCUCUUCCGUGCCCCCCGGGGGGUAGGUCCCCGGAUCCGAGCGGGGCCGUGUUUCUCCCGCCCUCUGAGGUCGACGGGAAGGGGCUGCCGUGUUUGGAGGUGCUCCGGCCCGUCCAGCUGGCGCUGCCGGAGUCCAGACGGGGACUCCGUUCCUCUGGAGCCGGAACAACGGAGGCGGUAGGCUUCCCCGGCGGCGUCGGACACCCCCGCCCCCCCAGACCGGCCCGGGCUUCACCCCAAACCCGUGCAGCCCCGACACCUCCGUGCCCACUGACCGCUCCGGGCCCCCGGGCCGGCUGAGACCGGGGGAAGGUGACUCGGGGCCAGGGCGGAGAAAGAAUCUCCAGCGCUGCCCUGGAUCAGGCCCGACCGGGUCACCCUUGACCUCUGAAGCCCGGGCGCCAGCAGACCCUUGGCUUCCGUCCAUUCCCUGCUGCGCCGAGGAAGCCACGUCUUGUGGGUCCACGGGGCGGGGGGUGGGGAGGUCGGCUUCCCCUCCAGGAAUUCCUAGGGUCAGCCCUGAAUGGACAGCGGGAGCCCCCGGGAAGAGCCACCUCCAGGCGCGUGCGGGUCGCAGGCGGCGGACCUGCCGCCCUUCUUCUGGGCAGGUGAUGCUCCAGAAGGGCCAGAACGGCCCCCCGACGCUGCCGCCGCCACGUCCCGACCCCGCACCGCGAGGGCGCGCAGGCCGCUAAGCUUCACUCACGGCCCGGCCCGACGGUCCCACCUUUGAAGCCGACAAGAGGCUUCACCCUUACCGCAGCCCCCCAAAUUCCCGCCUCAGUCUGCCUUCCGUUCUGGGCGACCCCAGGCCCGGGCUGCGUUGGGACGGGCGCCUCGGGGCAGACCUCUCUGUCCACACGAAGAUUCUGGUUGCCCUCCUCCCUCUAUCACGACAAUCAAAGCCCCCUCCCACCUGGAGAUGGCUCUCCUCCCCUCCCCAACCCAGGAUUUCCUUAGGAACGUGGCGUGUCCGCUUGGGAAGACCGCUCCGGCUUCGCCCAGAGGGUUAGACGAUAAUGGUGAUGUUAUACAUCGGUGUGUAUAUAUGUAUUUCUAUAUAGGCAUCUAGAAUACUGCCAAAACAUUUAUGACAAGCUGUAUCACUGCCUUUUGUUUAUAAUUUUUUUUUUUUUUUGACUGUGAUAGUCCCCUACAGGCACGUUUAACUGUUGCACUUUUGAAAAGUCCCCAAAUGUCUAUUUUAGAAUAAUAAAAGCUGAAGUGUUUCCCA